UUUGAGCGGAGCAGCAAGGCGGAGGAGCCGCACUCCGGAGCGGAGCAGCGACAGAAGGAGGAGAUCCGAACCUCUCUCCCUUCUCCUCCACACCUCCCUCCUACACCUCCCCGGUGGACCCGCGGAGGGAUCCGUGCGCCUGGGAUUCUGCAGCCUGCAUCGUGGCUCUGUCCGGAGCGACAUGUCCGUGGGCUCGUGCGGGCACAGCUGAACCCCUGGCUCCACGCGAACAGGAUUCAAUGAAAAUGUCUGUGUGUGUCCACGAGAACCGAAAAUCCAGAGCCAGCACUGGCUCCAUGAACAUCUAUCUCUUUCACAAGUCCUCCUACGCCGACAGUGUCCUCAUGCACCUCAACUCCCUGCGGCAGCAGAGGCUUUUUACAGAUGUCCUCCUUCACGCUGGCAGCCGCUCCUUCCCCUGCCACCGAGCCGUGCUGGCUGCGUGCAGCCGCUACUUCGAGGCCAUGUUCAGCGGCGGGCUGAGGGAGAGCCAGGCCAGUGAGGUGGACUUCAGAGACUCCAUCCAUCCAGAGGUUUUAGAGCUCCUGCUUGAUUAUGCGUACUCAUCACGAGUUGUUAUCAACGAGGAAAAUGCAGAGUCACUUCUGGAGGCCGGGGACAUGCUGGAGUUUCAGGACAUCCGUGACGCCUGUGCCGAAUUCCUGGAGAGGAAUCUUCACCCGUCCAACUGUCUUGGCAUGCUGUUGCUGUCUGACGCCCACCAGUGUACAAAGCUGUCAGAGCUCUCCUGGGGCAUGUGUCUGAACAACUUCCCUGCCAUUUGCAAGACAGAGGACUUCCUCCAACUGCCCAAAGAUAUGGUAGUGCAGCUUUUAUCACAUGAGGAGCUGGAGACAGAAGAUGAGAGACUGGUGUAUGAAGCUGCCCUUAAUUGGAUCAACUAUGACUUAGAGAGGAGGCACUGCCAUCUUCCAGAGCUCUUGAGAACAGUCCGUCUAGCACUGCUGCCUGCCAUCUUCCUAAUGGAGAAUGUUUCAACAGAAGAGCUGAUCAACGCCCAGGCAAAGAGCAAGGAACUGGUAGAUGAAGCUAUUCGCUGCAAGCUGAAGAUCCUCCAGAACGAUGGUGUCGUCAACAGUCCUUGUGCUCGACCAAGAAAAACCAGCCACGCUCUUUUUCUUCUGGGCGGGCAGACUUUCAUGUGUGACAAGUUAUACCUGGUAGAUCAGAAGGCCAAAGAGAUUAUUCCAAAAGCUGACAUUCCCAGUCCCAGAAAGGAGUUCAGCGCUUGCGCCAUCGGCUGCAAGGUGUACAUCACGGGUGGGAGAGGAUCAGAGAACGGUGUGUCCAAAGAUGUCUGGGUUUACGACACUGUUCAUGAGGAGUGGUCGAAGGCGGCACCCAUGCUCAUUGCCAGGUUUGGUCAUGGCUCUGCUGAGCUCAAACACUGCCUCUAUGUUGUGGGAGGACACACUGCAGCCACUGGCUGUCUCCCGGCCUCUCCAUCUGUCUCACUCAAACAGGUGGAGCAGUUUGACCCGGUGGCCAACAAGUGGACCAUGGUGGCACCUCUCAGAGAGGGUGUGAGCAAUGCAGCAGUGGUCAGUGUAAAGCUCAAGCUGUUUGCUUUUGGAGGCACCAGUGUCACCCAUGACAAACUCCCCAAGGUGCAGUGCUACGACCCACAGGAGAACCGUUGGACUGUGCCAGCAUCGUGCCCCCAACCGUGGCGUUACACAGCGGCUGCUGUUCUGGGAAACCAGAUCUUUGUCAUGGGUGGUGACACAGAGUUCUCAGCAUGCUCGGCCUAUAAGUUCAGCAGUGAGAACUACCAGUGGACUAAAGUAGGUGAUGUGACUGCCAAGAGGAUGAGCUGUCAAGCUGUAGCAUCAGGAAAUAAACUGUACGUAGUGGGCGGAUACUUUGGCACACAGCGGUGUAAAACUCUGGACUGCUAUGACCCCACGCUUGAUGCAUGGAACAGCAUCACUACUGUUCCAUACUCGCUCAUCCCUACUGCGUUUGUCAGUACAUGGAAACAUUUACCAGCUUGAAUCCCAAAUCCUCAACUUGCACCCUCUCCAUUUGAUUUCCCUGUUUUGCAUCAUCUCCCGGUCUCCUGACUGCGAAGAAGAAGCACACGGCCUCUUCCUCCACAAAGAGACGGUGAACCGCGAUGUACAGAUACCUGCGCUCAGAGGCUGCGGCGGUUCAAGCAAACGGACCGCUGUUUGUUCUGCGAGGCCCGGACUCACAACCUGUGCGCACAUUCCACGCUGCCAACACAUCAUGGACACGCCUGCCUUCUUCUCCUGUAGUCAUGAUGGGCUUGUGACGAUCUGUGUGGACAAUUUCUCUGAUUUAAAAAAAGAAACAGAAAAAUAUAUCUCGAUGGGCGUUCUGUACAGACUGAUUUGGGGGGGAAGUUGAGCUGACUGAGUGUAUAUGACUUAUAAAAAGGCAAAGUGAAGGAUCAAAUCUCCCCCUUUUUACCCUUUUUGUUUGAGUUUUGAUUAUAUUCCAAACUCUGCUUCUAUAGGUAGCAUCUCACUUGGUUGUGGUUAGUUGGUGAAAAGCCUUCAUGAAGGAGUCUGCAGAAAAUAUUUCCCAUUUCCUUCCCCUUUGGUUUGGCCGCAAAGCUCUGAACUCAGUAAGACUGCAAUAGAAAAUGUCACAAUUUUGAGUAGCCAACCAGCCUCCCAACAUUUUCCAAUUUUUCUGCUUCGGACACAAAAAAACAAUCGUUUCGUGUCCCUGCUGUGAAGGUUUGCCCAUCACUGCUGGUCAGGCGGUGUGGAGGAGCGACUCCAGCUGAGGAUGAGGACGAUGGAGUGGAUCCGUGCAUGGCCGAGAGGGUUGAGGUGCCUCAAGGUCACGGCCUUACACGUCUGCUGUUUCGCAGCUGUGUGUUGAUGCCUCCCAGGUCCGUGUGUGGUGUUUGGAUCGGGAACGCUGCCACAUCAGGCUUAACGCUGUAAAACGCCGGCUGCGCUUCUGUUCUUCUGAUCAAAGUGGCGCUCGCUCGCUGAGUCAUAGCUGAAACCCUUUUAGAGCAUGUCCACUCGUUGUGAUUCAGUAAAACUGGCAUGAACUCGUGAGAAAUGCUUUCAGAUUAACGCCCAAGCUGAGAGAUUAUCAGUUUUUUCUUUCUUAAACAUGCUGCAAUCUAGUCUUAAUUUAUAUGAUAACUCUGUUAUGUUAAUAUGUCAAAUUCUGUAUUUAUUUCCUCUC